AUGUCUGGCGGGUGUAGGAAGAGCAAGUACUUUAUUUACGACAUUAUGAUGCACAUUUUUUUGUUGGCCUCCAAUGUCAUGACGUUCCUAUAUGUGAGACAUCACAAACUCCCCAUCCUUGAAGAUAUGUUGUUGUUAGCUAUUUGCUACGGCUUUACAGGCAUCGUGGGUGUCGUUACAUGGGGUUUCAUCUUUAAAGACACUCCAGAAAUGGACUUCAGAGGAGGCUGCACGGAUCGCCUUAGCCAUCUUCUAGGUAUCAGUCUGAACUAG